GUCAACCCCCCUUCAGAGUCAGACCCUUCUCCCUCUUCCCUCAGUCUUCGAGAACCAGAAAGAGAAUCUUUUUACUCCCACGGUGUUUCGCUCUGCCCCUCGCAUAAAAAAAGUGAAGCUUUCUCUUUCUGUAACCAUUUCCCGCAGGUAAAACCUCUCCCCUCUCCUCUCUCUCCUCUGUGAGAGCUGAAGACCGAGUGUAAGCCCAGUCCCAGAUCUAGAGAUCCUGCUUCAGAUCCCUUGUCGGGUGUUGCGAUUUGUAGGCUUGGCCCCCAUCUUCUAAACAUGUCAAGGAGGCCAGCAAGUCUAGCUCGUCGCUUUGCUGAUGGUGGAAGUAUCCCGUUCGUGGGCUCAGUGCAGUCCAAAACACGCUCGUCGCCUCUGUUAUCUAUAGGGCUUCUAGUCGUGGGUGCGAUACUUCUUGUUGGCUAUUUGUAUAGUAAUUCAGGUGGAUCAAGCAGCUAUAGAGAGGCUGUGAGUAAAAUUGAAGGUAGUGUAUCGUGCACAUUAGAACUGCAACGAGCAAUACCGGUUUUGAAGAAAGCAUACGGAGACAGUAUGCUUAAAGUCUUGCAUGUGGGCCCUGACACCUGCUCCGUCGUAUCCCAAUUGUUGAAAGAAGAAGACACCGAGGCUUGGGGUGUGGAACCCUAUGACUUGGAUGAUGCCGAUACCACAUGCAAAAGCCUUGUGCGCAAAGGCAUGGUAAGAGUGGCGGACAUCAAAUUCCCUCUUCCUUAUCGGGCGAAAUCCUUCUCUCUCGUCAUUGUAUCGGAUGCCUUGGACUACUUGUCCCCUAGGUACCUAAACAAGACCCUCCCUGAACUGGCAAGGGUCUCUUCCAAUGGCGUCGUUGUCUUUGCAGGGUAUCCUGGUCAGCAAAGAGCUAAGGUUGCAGAGCUAUCCAAAUUCGGUCGCCCAGCCAAAUUGCGGAGCUCCUCCUGGUGGAUACGGUACUUCUUCCAAACAAAGAUAGAAGAGAAUGAAGCGGCGGCGAAGAAGUUCGAGCAGGCCGCGACGAAGAGGUCGUACAAGCCAGCCUGUCAGGUCUUCCACCUCAAGUCCUUCCCAUGAGACUCGACUGCUACUCUUCGACUGCGCUCCCUUCCCAAUCCUCAAUUGCAGCUGCAGGACAAAAAGUGUCGUGAAGAAACCAAAUAAAAAUAGCCCAAAGGGCCAUUGUGGAAAAUCUUCUCAUAUAUUAUACAUUUUGUUUUGAAACUGUAGAUGUUUGCACUUUAUUUAUUCACUCGAGAAGUGUUCGUCUUCGAGGCCUCCAAGUUACUUUAGAUAGGAUUUUUGCUUGAUUUGAUAUAUACAGGGGAUGAUUAGUUUGGAUUAAACAUUCAUUGCUUGUUCUCGUCUCUC